AUGGCGACCGAAAUCUUCCCUGUCAUUGAUCUGUCCACCGGCGAUGACUGGCCUCAAGCCCUUGGCCCCAAGAUCGUUGAAGCUUGCCAAGUCUGGGGUUUCAUGAUUCUAACCGGACAUGGAAUCCCUCAGCAGAAGAUCGAUCGCAUGUUUGACUUGCACAAAGAAUUCUGCGCACAGCCUCUAGAGGUCAAGUCUGAAUGCCGCGUCGAUGAACGACAGAUAGGAUACGAUGUCAAAAAUUCCAAAAUUGGCGUUAACGAAUGCAUGGUAUUCGGAGGAACUAGAGGCGACGUUGCCCAAGGCAAGAAUAUCCCGAGCUGGUGGGAUGCCAAGAAACGUGCAGAUGUCGAAGAUUUCAAGUCACAGGCCCAUGGGCUAGGUCUCAAGCUCCUUGAGGUCUUUGCAACUCAUUUCAGCCUGCCAGCUGAUUACUUCUCUGCAGCCCACAACGAUGAGCGAGGCCCAGGGAGUGUCCUCCGUAUGCUCCAUUACCCCACAAUGGACGAGAGACCCGAUAAGAAUUUCCCAAGACUCUACUCUCACACAGAUUGGGGCUCCGUCACCUUUGUCUGGCCUCAGGGAGGCGGUCUGGAAGUUGAGACUCCUUCAAAGAAGUGGAUGCCUGUCCCGCUUAUUCCAGGCUCUAUCGUUGUCAAUAUUGGUGAUGCUUUGUCACUGUGGAGUGGCAAGACGUUGAAGUCAACUUUGCACAAGAUCUCGUUUGACAACUUACCCAUUGAUCAAGACCAUGCGAAACUCGAGAUCAUCAAGCGCGAUCAUGAAGGGAAACUUGUCAAGGACGAUGGAUCCAUUGAAUUGACAGCAGGAGAGUAUCAUCAAGUCCGACACUACAUGUCUGAGAAGGAAGAUGCAAAGAACAAUUGGGUUGGAAAAACCAAAGGCUCUUCCAAGUUUGAUCCCCGCGUCAUUCAUGCAGUUGAGAGUUUAGGAAUUGCAAAUGGCUCAGGCUUGGUUAAUUUCUCUCCUAUCGCUGUUAAUCACUAG